AUGACUGAACAGUUGAUUGAUAGAAGACCUGCAAGUGUAGAGAAUUUACAGAUGUCGCCAGCAACCACCCACAUUGAUGUCACCUGGGUAGUAUCUUCAAGUAUUAGUGCCCCUGACUACUUUAUCUUACGAUACAGUCUCUACAGAAAACUUGCAUGCCCAUCACCAGAAACCACCAUUGUACAAAUUGAAGUCAACACCACAUCUACACUGUAUAGGCUAGAUGGGUUAGAGCCUUAUUCGACGUACAAGAUUUCUGUUAUCGCAGUAAAUAGUAUUGGGGAGAGUGAACCGACGACUCGCAUUGUUGACACAGGGGCAGGACGACCAGCUGCCAUCAGGAACGUCAUGGUGAAUCCAGAAAGAACGUCUCCAACACGACUAGCGUUCACCUGGGAACCGCUCAAUUGUAGAAAUGUGAAUGGAGAAUUCUGGUACUACUAUCCAAGGAUCUACGCGGACGGUGAUAAAACAAUGCGACCUGAUGGUGCUAAAUACUUAGACUCUGACUUAACAUCAUCAUCAGUCGAGUUCAACGAACUCGAGCCUUGUACAAUGUACGAACUGAAUAUCAAUGCCGGAACUACAGACAGGGAAGCUGGAGAAUUAUCCAGAGCAAACGGCUUAACAAGUGUUACAUUUACCAGUGCUUCCACAUUUGGAUAUCAAAAUAUGAUAAGUGUCUCUUGGAGCGUUCCAUCUGGAUGUGAAGUUGAUUACUACAGGCUAUCAUAUCAACUCUCCUCACGUCGAGCCUGUCCAGAUGUUCCUGUUAUAGAUUCUGAAGUCAAUGAACUCAACGUUACGUCACCCCCUUAUACAUCGGUUACCAAAAACAUUCCAGACCUGGAGAAUUAUGCUACUUAUAACAUAUCAAUCAUAGCUGUGAUCGAUGGAAUAGAGAGCCUACCUAGAAGUGUUCAAGGGAACACCGUUGACGGAAAACCCUCUGCAAUUGAGUCUGUGUCAUACACAUCUACAGCUCACUCUUUAACAUUUGAAUGGGAGGAACCCUCGUGUGAAAACCUACAUGGUAAUCUCAAUGAAUAUGAGAUCAACUUCGUCUACUCGCGUAGAACUGCGCGACAAACACUGUCCAGAGAAGAAAAUAGCCUGACAUUCACAGACCUUAUUGGUUGCACAGAAUAUACCUUUACCAUAAGAUUAGUGACGGCCACUAAUUACAGAAGUGAAUGGUAUGCUAUUACGGCAAAUAUAUCAGAGCCUGGAGAGCCCAACAUCAACGAGAUUAGGAAACAUCGGGAAGAAGGCGCUACAGGUCUUAUAGUCCACUGGGAUCCUCCUACUCCUCCAUGCGAGCCCACACACUAUCAAAUCCAGUAUUAUAUUUAUCAAGGCGAUAUGUGUGAGGAUAUACCCGGUCAGCCUCAAUUAGGCCUAACUUCAGCAGGGUCUGUCAAUGGAUCAACCUUCACCUUCACCAUCCUGGAAUUACGUCCAAACUCUGAAUAUAUGGUCUUUGUGAGAGCCCAAACAAGCAGUGGUUACGGUGAUUCUGAUUCUCAAAGAGCUCUCACGGGACAUUCAUAUCCAUCUGGUCCUCCAACUAAUGUCCAUUCAACUGGCACCAAGAAACGAAGUAUUACCUUUACCUGGGAUAAACCAGCAUGUGGUUAUCGGAAUGGACCAAUUACAAGCUACGACGUUAUUCUAUUUGAUUCAACAGGAGGCGUAGUAGAUCAACGUAAUGUGUCGGAUAGUACAGCUCCCGAGGCAACAAUAGAUGGCCUCAACCCAUAUUCAAAUUACAGUAUCGGGGUCAGAGCAUGGAACUAUGAACUACCAGGGGUUUAUUCUCCAAAGGUUUGGGCACAGACAGAUGAAGCAAAGCCUGGACCACCCAUAGGAGUAAAUAUUCCAGCUUCACACCAAGAGAGCAUCACAGUGGAAUGGAUGUCACCAAAUCCUCCUCUUGGAAGGAUAAUAGGUUAUUACGUUCUCUACUGGGAGACGGAUGAUAGUAGUGUCACACCUGUAGUCAGGAAUGUUAGCUUUCCGUGUGGAGAUGGUCUAUGCUCUGACAUCAAUCAAAGGUUUUCGGUGAUAAUCCCUGAUCUUCGGCCGGACACGAAUUAUUCUAUUCAGGUAGUAGCAGAGACCAGUCUUGGAGUUGGUGACCCGAGUCCGGACCACCCCUUGGUUAGGCUUACAUCAGAAAAAACAGGUGUCCAAGUGCUUCCAGUGGUUCUGGGAAUAACAUUGGCUGGUGCUGUUCUGACUCUGAUGAUAGUCGGUGUAUUUUAUUACAGGAGAAGGCGAACAUCCGUUUUCAGUAGAUUGUCGGCCUCUUUUCGAACACGUGAAAACACGCCAAUUUAUGCCAUACCUGAUAACCAAAACGGGAACCAAGACAGGUCAGAUGAGUACAUGCCACUGAAACAUAUUCAAAGUCAACGUUCACAUGAUGCACUUCCCACUAUCCCUUCCUCUGAGGCCUUGUAUGAGGAUAUUGAUGCAGUGCCAGAAGUGGGAACCUACGCUAACAUGCCGUCUGUCGAAAACACACAUGCGCCCAUCGUUCUCGACCAACUUAUCACAUAUGUGACACAGAAGACUAAUUCAGAGUCUGGUUUUAAGGAAGAUUUCCAAGCAAGUUUUGUUGUUCUCCUCUUUUUAUUCACCACCCUGAAACCCUAA